CCGAAGAGUUAGACUAUAAUCAAGAAAUACUUACUGAAUUUGUUGAUCAAAAUGAAAUCCUUUUGAAUAGUGAUCAACAAGAUAUAUAUAACGAUAUCUUACGGGCUGUUGAGCAAAACGACUCUGUGCGCUCUCAAGGGAAACUCGCAUUGGCUGUUGCUUCCUCUGGAAUUACCGCAUUGUUACUUAACGUACAAUCAGAUCUUGCUGAACUUAUUAGACAAACAAUACUAAUUGUCUGGGACAAAGCACCGAUGAUGCACCAUUACGCAUUCGAAGCUGUGGACCGCACUUUGAGAGAUAUCAUGAGUAAUAAUGAACCAUUCAGUGGUAAAGUUAUUGUAUUCGGCGGCGAUUUUAGACAAGUUCUUCCAGUAGUUCCUAGAGGCAGACGAGAAGACAUUAUUAAUGCAUGUCUGUGUCAGUCGUGGCUGUGGCAAUAUGUUAAAGUGAAAAAACUAACAAUUAAUAUGCGAUUAAAAAGGACAG